AUGUACAAGGUAUUGGAGCGCAUUAUCCUGGACCGGCUCAUUAAAAAUCGCGAAGAAACAACGCGCGACGAGCAUCCUGGCUUUCGUCCUGGCCGAUCUACGAUUGACCAGGUGUUCAUCGUCUGGAGUGUGAUCGAAAUCUGGCAGCGGUAUUCGGAGCCAAUGCAACUAGCGUUUCUGGACUUUGAAGUCGCGUUCGACUCUCCUCACCGAGGCCGACUUCUCAACGCGCUUCGCGCCGAUGGAGUACCAGGAAAGUUCGUUCGCUUGCUUGAUGACACGAAUCAACGAACAACUGCUGCAGUUCGAACACCAGCCGAAUGUACAACACCGUUUGAAGUGGCAGCUGGAGUAAGACAAGGGGCAGUGGAUGGACCCUUUCUGUCCAAUUUCGCCAUCGACGAAUAA